UGCCUCCCUCCCCAACAAAGCCACCCCACUUCCUUCCUUCAACUCCAUGCCAAACCAGCAAGAACACCCCAAAUCUCAAAGAAACAUCAUCUCUCUCAUGGCAGAAACAUCAUCAACAAAUUCUAUCAAAAUUGGUACUAAAAUGUUCUCAACCCAAUUUGUACUCAUUUUCUCUCUCUUUCUAUCCCUUCCUAUCCUUUUCCUUUUAGCCCCGAGAAUCUUCCCUUCUCAUAACCCCUCCAUCCCCAUCUCCCCUUCUGAUGAACUUGACGACUUUGUUCUUUUCCGCAAAGCCAUCUCCUCCGCAUCCGCCUCCGCCUCCGCCGCCCACUACCCCUCAGCCCAUUCCCAUCUCACCUCCAAAUCUAAAAAACUCAAAAUCGCCUUCCUUUUCUUGACCAACACCGAUCUCUUCUUCGCCCCUUUAUGGGAACAAUUCUUCAAACCCGCUGACAAAAACCUCUUCAACAUUUACGUCCACGCCGAUCCCCACUCCAAUGUUACAAAGCCCACAGGGAUUUUCUUCUCCCAAUUCAUUACUGAUGCCAAGCGCACUUAUCGCGCCUCCCCCACCCUGAUCUCCGCCACCCGACGCCUCCUCGCCAAGGCCAUCCUUGACGACCCCACCAAUACCUUCUUCGCCGUCCUCUCCCAGUACUGCAUCCCUCUCCAUUCCUUCAAAUACGUCUACAAUUCGUUGAUCAUUUCCAAGUCUUUCGAUUUGUCUUCCCCCGAGUCAGACCCCGAAUCGACUCAGUACAAUAUGAAAAUCCAGUACAAGAGUUUCAUCGAGAUUAUAUCGAAGGAUCGGCGGUUAUGGAAAAGAUACAUGGCUAGAGGGAAGCAUGCGAUGAUGCCAGAGGUGCCCUUUAAGAAAUUCCGUGCUGGGUCUCAGUUUUUUGUUCUCACGCGCCGACACGCGCUCAUGGUGAUUGAAGAUCGGAGGCUGUGGAAUAAGUUCAAGCUGCCCUGUUAUCGAGAAGAUGAAUGUUACCCAGAAGAACAUUAUUUUCCAACGUUGCUGUCAAUGCAGGAUCCAGAUGGUUGUACUAAGUAUACAUUGACAAAGGUUAAUUGGACUGGAACUAGGAAUGGACAUCCUUAUACGUAUAAGGCUGCUGAGAUUUCUCCGGUUCUGAUUCAAGAGCUUAGGCAAUCAAAUUAUUCGAGUUCGUAUUUGUUUGCCAGGAAAUUUGAGCCCAUUUGUUUAAACCCUUUGAUGAAAAUUGCUGAUAAAGUCAUUUUCCGGGACUAAUGAUGUGGUGAAUAAAAGAGUUUCGAAGAUAUGAAGAAGUGUAAGGUAUUGUUGGAGCAACUUAUGUUGUGGAGAAUGGUUUUGAAGAGGCGUAAAGUGCUCUCAAAUCCUUAAAAUUUAACCCAAAAAAAUGUCAGCUCGGAGCGGGCCAUUGGAAACAUAGAAAGGGAUAGAAAUAGGUACUUCUAGUGGGGAGGAAAGCAAACGAAACUACCUCUGCUAAAUGUAUCUACAAAAGUCGAGAAUUGGAGUUUUUGUCAUCUUGUUGUGUGUGUUCUGUACAUAAUUGAAUGUACUUUAGGACAAAAGGAGGCAGGGAAGAAAAGGCUGUCAGGAAUACCGCAAGGCAAAGCAAUGUAAGGGGGGCAGUGAUGGGCUCAGAUUAAAGAAUCUAGCCAAAAUCAAACCCCCUUCCUUCCCUCUCAUUCAAAUUUUGAUGUUUUAUUUAUUCAUUUCUGGGCAAAUUCUUAGUUUAUAUAAUAAAUUGCGUAUCCAAUCUCUUCCUAA